AUGUUCGCUCGUGCCGCCGUCCGCCCCGUCACCCGUGUCGCCGCCCAGCGUCGCGCCGCCUCGACCACCGCCGCCCCGGGCGCCCCCAAGACUCUCUGGCAGACGUGGUACGAGCCCGCCGCCAUCCCCAUCUGGGUCGUCGUCGGAACUGCUUGCUUCGGCGCCGGUUGGUACCUCACCCGCCUCGCCCGCCACCAGGACGUCAUCUGGGACCGCCACGGCAACCCCGAGCCCUGGAACAACGUCCAGCCCGGCACGCUCUCCAAGCUCUACACCCACCACCCCGAGAAGUUCGACCGCGUCUACUCCCGCGACCGCUUCUAA